GUUUUAUUAUCUGCACGAUUCGGAACUAUCAAAUAUGUAAAUUAUCAAGUGGUAAUCAGGCAUGAUUGAGUUUCUCAGUCUGUGCGUGUGUAGUGCUUGUCUUUCCUGGGUAUGUUGCCUCAUUACCGGAGGAUUGUGUAUGGUACCUGCUGUUGUACGUUUUCGAAACAGACUUACCGGCAAUUAUGUUCAAAAGGACAUACAAUGGAUUUCAAAUAUGCCGGAAUGUAACGGUUCCAGAUAUGAAACGAAUGGUUUGGCGGACUGCUGCCCGAUUUCUCGAGUUUGCCCUGCAGAUCAACGACCGAGUCGAAGGAAAACUGCAAGAAGUUCCAGACACCGUUCUCAAGAGUCAAUUAAAGUUGCUGAUUCCAAAAUAGACAAAGAAAAUAGUAAAACUGCAACGCGCGCUAACAAUAAGGAAAUAUUCGCAAAUAGAAAUAAGUCCCGCGAAACAACGCAACCGAAACGUUGGGCGAUUUGUUUUGAUCUUGGAAAAUCGAGAAGAAAUCCGAGUGAACAUUGUUCAUCAUUGGAAAUCUCUGAAAAUAAGGAAUCUGAACCUCGGAGGUCGAUAUUUUCCUGCAAGAAAGGCAAAAAAAAAUCACCGGAAAAGCUAGGUGACAUCUUAAAAGACUCGAAAACAUACUGCGCCUACUUCAAAUCGUGUUCUUGUACAAGGGUAGCAAAAACAGAGAAGAAAUGGCGAUGCAAAAGACGCGGAAAAUCGGAAAAAUCAUCUGAAAAAUAUGAUCCCGAACCUCCGCAGUCAUCAAAGCCUGCAGAUCGUAUUCGGCAUCGGCCGAAGCGUUCGCGAGAAUCUUCAUUUUCUAAGUCACCGAAAUCAGACUCACCAGAUCGAUGGACCAAGGGAAUUUGCUGUAGAUGCAAACCACUACCUGCAAAAAAUACUACCAUCGCCUAUGAUCAACGGCUGGCCGUAAAGACCUGCAAAUGUUGUAAAAAGAAACGAUUCAUCACAUGUUGUGCAGGCAAUAAAAAUAUAACGAUAGAUGAAUCGGUAAUGGUUUGACUGAAACAGAUUUAUACGCCUUCAAAAAGUUCGAACAUUUUGUACUCCAAAAUAACUCGGUUUCUUGUGUCUUCGGUCGGUAACCUUUUAAAAAUAAAUAUUUUGUACAAACGAUCGAAUUCCGAGCUUAAUGUGAAUAUUCUGCACGAUACAUUAAGACUGCAUGUAGGGGUUUCCAAUUCGACAGCCAUCAAUCAGUCGUCAAUUAUUGGACCACAUCAAUUUAGAACAAGGCUUUAAACAGAUAGGAGUGAGACAUUUGAAUUCCACAUUCGAAUUCUUACCAUCGAACAUGAUGACUGAUUUCCGAAAUUUUUAGUCAAUCGAUCAAUGUUCCUAAAAAAAUCAUUAAAAAUUCCAAAUCGCUCUUCAUCCAGAGUAUCUUGCUUCAACUAUCAAACCAGUUGCGCAGAUUGAAAGUAAAAAUGAGAAAAAG